ACAGAAAUAGACAGCAAACCCAUCCUCCUCAUCAUUUUCUCACUCUAGGGUUUGUGAGAUUCCAUAUUCCAAUAAUUCCCAUUCCUUUGCUCUGUAGAUUGUUUUGUUUUCAAUCAACAGAAAAUCAAUCUCAAAGGAAGAAAUAUGGUGGCUUUGGUUUCUCGCACCGGUAGACAUUUGCAGCGUUACAACAAAGGCAGUCGCCAAGUCGUUGGAUGCAUUCCAUAUAGAUAUAAGGGUACCAAGAAGUCAUCCUCGGUGGUUGAGGAAGAAUUAGAAGUUCUUGUCAUUAGUUCACAGAACAAAGCAAAAGGGAUGCUUUUUCCCAAGGGAGGUUGGGAAACUGAUGAAUCCAUAAUAGAUGCGGCCCAACGAGAGACUAUGGAGGAAGCCGGAGUAUCAGGCGUUGUUGAGUGUGAAUUAGGUAAAUGGAAUUUCAAAAGCAGAAGGAAUGAUGUUUUUUACGAAGGCUACAUGUUUCAGUUACUUGUUAAGGAGCAACGAGAAAUUUGGCCGGAGAAAGACAUUAGACAAAGAAAAUGGUUGAGCGUGACAGAAGCAAGAAAAGCUUGCCAGCAUGGGUGGAUGAAGGAAGCCUUAGAUGUAUUUGUACGUCGUAUCACAUCUUCACAGCGGCAUGAAGAUGAAGAAAUUGGACCUUGUUCUCUAUGCUAGGACCAGCUAAUCGGACUUGUAAAUAUUGUACUGUUGAAGACCACAAAACAACGGUUCAGAGAGGCUGGAGGAAUUAUUAGGGUAGGAUCAGAGCAACCGACACAGUGUGGCAUUGCUGUUGGACCAGAAGCUAAGUACCAUCAUUAUCACGACCUUCUGAGGAACUUGGAAGAUUGGGGGUAGUAGCAAUUUCUGGUCUCCGUUUAAUUUUCUUGGCAUUUGUAAUCCCACCGGAAAGUUGCAUGAAAAUUAGAUGCUGUUGGACGGAAAAACAAUGUACAACGUCGUAUCGGAGUUUCUCAUGAAAAUUGGAUGCUGUAGGAGGGAAAAAAAUGUACCACUUUGUAUCGGAUUUAGAAGUUUUUUCAUUAAUGAAAAUUGUGAUCAUGGCAUGUUCCAAAAUGUGAAAAA